CAAACAUUUAACAUUUUGAGAACUUUUUCAUUUUUUGUUGGCCAUAGCAUUUUAGGAGCCCUUGCUGUAAAACAAAAUGGUGAUUAUCAAUGAUGAAGUCAAUGAGGAGAACACCACAUAUAAAAAGAAAGAAGAGUCACCACCAGUGGUGACUGAAUUCCACUCACAAUGGCAGCAACCAUCAAGUCAAGGAAGCUCUGGACCAAUACCUAACCAAUGGCAACAUUACUACCACCCUGUUGGUAGCUCAGAUCCAUCCUCUACAUAUGGGAUAUCUGCACAGAGGGAGCAGAUGAAAGUCAGUGGGCUAACAAACAUGCCUGUUAAUGCUGGUCCUUUACAAUCAAUAUCUACAACUUCUGAUACGCCCCGUAGUUCAGGAUCAAAACAAAUGAUGCCUGAGAUGCCAGCGCCUGGUCCAUCCAAAUCAAAAAAGAGGACAUCAGAAACAUCGGGUAAUUCCAACCCAAUACCAUCGAGGUCUGAUGUCCCUGGCGUUUCUUCGGCCUCAAGUCAAACAAUAAAGAAUACUGCUGGAAAAGAAGAAUCACUAGAUGGCAUACUAGUUAAAGAAGCAAUUGCUACUUUGAUGGGGAGAUGUAGUGCAAAAAAUGUGCAAAUGGAGGGAAAUGAGCAGAAAAUGCAGAGAGAGGAUGUUGAUGAGACGGUGCCUCAAGAACAAAAUGGUGAGGAAGAAGAGAAUGUUGAUGGAAAAGAAGAGGCAGCUGGAACUGGUGACGAAGAGUCAAAUGAAGAGCUGAAUCCUGCUCCAUUAAACUUUGCGGUACCUGAAAACUGUGAUUUUAAUGCAUUAAGUCUAGAGUUAAGGGAAUCAAUUUUGAAAGCAACAGGAAAGUUGAAGACACAGGUGAAACAAAGGAACAAGGCCUGUUUGGUUGGCAAGGAACGCACUUCUUUCAAUGAUCUCCCUGAUUCGGUGAUGCAAAUGGUCAACAAUUUUGUAGCCUACUAUUACCAUGAAACUUCUGGUGGGUUUUUUCGAUCCAUCAUUGAGAUAGCAAGAUUCAUGUUGAGGGAGGAAUACCCUACAAAAGGGAAAAGUUUGAAGGAAGAUGUUGUUCCCGUGGACCAGGAGUUGCAAGUUCACAAUGGCAGAGGUAGGUCAAAUGUGGACUUAGAUCUCAAUGCUGCAUUAAAAGAAGGUACAAUUGGCAACCAAGUUAAAAAUGGGGGGAGCAGCACUUCACAAAUUUCAGCACCUCUUAAGCCGCCUCACAAAAUGUUGAAAAGGAAAAUUGAAGGCAGAGAUUGUGAGGCUGCUACAGAGGAAACCGACUCCGUUCUCCCACCUAACCUGGAAACGGUUGGUCCUAAUUCUGAGCCAGUCAGAGAGCUAGAUCUUCCUGUGCCUGCCGAUGGCUUUGCUGCAACUGAAAAUCUUGAAAGUUUUAUGCAGCAGUUGUCAGCAUUCGAUGUUGCAUUUCCAACGGAAAUGAACGACAGCGAUUUCACUUAUGGAGCUAAUCAUGUUUUUGAUGAUAACGAUCAAUUGAUCGACGACAUCGAGACAUGUGAGAGCUUGGAAGAUCUGUAUAACUUCCUUCAUGGGAACAAUGGGAAGAAGCCAAACAAUGACCUACCUUAAUAUUUUCUUGUAAAAAAACUCAAAUGAAAUAUAGAUGGAUUGAAUCAUGGUGUUUCUAUCACUAUAUAUAUUUGUUUUAAAGGCAUUCUUGGUUCCGAUGUAUGCUUUGAAAAACAAGGAAGGUUAAGCCAAAUUAAAGAAUAAAUCAAACCUUAUGGC